AUGGAUGACAAUAAACUCGAAGUGACCAUCAUUCGGGCAAGCGGUCUGCCAGACGUGCAGCUAUGGAAAUUCGGAAGUAUUCAGGACCCGUAUGCGACUAUUAAGUACAACGAUAUCGACCUUCGCACCAAGACCGACAACAAUGGCGGCACAAGCCCCAAGUGGAACGAGACCUUCUCCUUUGCGGUCGGUGAAAGCCCCGUGAUCUCGCUCACCGUGCUGCACGAGAGGGUUCUUUCCAAUGGCGAGAUCAUUGGCACUGGCAAGGUAGAUUUCUCAAGGGCACGGGAGUUGGGCGAGACAGUGGAGUCUGUGCUGCUGGAUACGGCGGAGGGGAAACAGCAAGGUGUUCUCGAGAUCAAGCUAAAGUUUCCAGCAAUAUGGGAGCGGCUUCAUAUGAUCCAGAAAAUGGCGGCCAGUCAGAUUGACGAUGCCAAGUCUGUGUACGAGCAAAAGCUUGCCGACGCACUGAGAAUGCGGCAGAAGAAAGCGGCCCAAAUCUUUGAGCUCCACGAGAACGUCAUUGAAGGCUCGAUAGCCAGCAUGCAAAAUUCCGAGCCGCUUGAGGAGCUUGAAGUGUUUCUAGAGAAGGCGACAACGGCGUACCUUGCGAGCACGGACAAGCCCGUGCGGAAAGUGAAAGCGGAGUUGGAUUUUCACGAGGACGAAUUCCUGACGCAGCUCAGGAAGGAGAUUGACAAGAGCGAGGAUUUCGAAAAGGAGAUCGAGAGGUAUGUGGCAGAAAUUGCGGAGCAGGAUCUGAAGAGGAGGAAGCUUAUCUCAGCAGCACACCUGAAGUUUCUUGAUACGGUUAAGAAGGCUGAGGAGGAGUUACUGCAGAGUAUGAAGGCAGCUCGGCAUGAGUUUGAGGUGGGUGUUGAAGCUGCAGCUGGGGAGUACAAGAAAGAUGCAAAGACACAUAUCUUUUGGGAGCAGGAGUCCAAGGCAAAGAAAGACGUAGCUGCUUAUGAGGCUCUACUACCUAUUAAGGACUGA